AUGGAUUUCAAGAACAUCGGCAAGAGCUUCUCCAACAUCGGGGCGUCCAUCACCCCCUUUGCCUCGCGCACCUUCCAGUACACCAAGGAGCAGCUUGGCCAGGUCGACGACAAGACCCAACUGCCUCCUGACUACAUCGACCUCGAGAAGCGUGUCGACGCUCUCAAGCAGGUGCACCAGAAGAUGCUCGCCGUGACCUCGCAGUACUCCCACGAGCCGUACGACUACCCGCCCAACAUCAAGGAGACGUUCAGCGACCUCGGCCGUACCGUCUCCGAGAAGGUCACCCUGCUCUCGUCCGCCUCGUCGCCCGCCGAAGCCCAGGCCGCGCUGACCGCGCCCCCCUCGGCCAAGCCCCAGCCCAAGACCUUCGCGCACGCCAUUGCCCGUGCGUCGCUCGCCAGCAGCCAGACGCUGCACCAGCAGCACACGGGCGCCGGCGAGGACCCGCUGGCCACGGCCCUCGAGAAGUAUGCGCUCGCCCAGGAGCGCGUCGGCGAGGCCCGCCUGGCGCAGGACGCGCAGAUCCAGAGCCAGUUCCUGGCCGGCUGGAACACGACCCUCAACACCAACCUGCAGUUUGCCACGCGCGCCCGCAAAAACGUGGAGAAGUCGCGCCUGUCGCUCGAUGCCGUCAAGACCCGCGUCAAGGGCAACACCUGGAAGCUGCCGGGCAACGCCGGCGCCGGCCAGCAGCACGACGAGGCGGAGCUGAGCCCCGAGGCGCAGGAGGAGAUUGAGAAGGCCGAGGACGAGUUUGUGACACAGACCGAGGAGGCCUUUGGCGUGAUGAAGAAUGUCCUCGACACCCCCGAGCCGCUGCGCAAUCUGUCGGAGCUCAUCAACGCCCAGAUGGAGUACCACAAGAAGUCCUACGAGAUCCUGAGCGAGCUGGCGCCUGUCAUCGACGGCCUGCAGGUCGAGCAGGAGGCCAACUACCGGAAGAGCCGCGAGAACACGUCGUCGUAG